AUGGCUUGCUUUGCAAGGACUGAAACAAACUUAGACUCCGAUCAAUCAACUCUUCUUGCCUUCAAAGCUCAAAUCAGGUUUGACCCUCAAAAUAUUCUGGUAAAAAAUUGGUCCACCACCACCCCAGUUUGCAAUUGGAUUGGCAUCUCUUGUGGCGUUCGUCACAAAAGAGUCACAGCCUUGAAUCUUCCCAACAUGAGUCUUAAUGGCACCAUUUCUCCAUAUCUAGGAAAUCUCUCAUUUCUUGCUUCCCUCAAACUCAGUAACAACACUUUCCACGGCCAUGUCCCCGAGGAGUUGGGUCAUUUGCGUCGAUUGAAGGAAAUUGAUUUGGGAUACAACUCUCUUAGCGGGGAGGUUCCAUCAUGGUUUGGAAUCUUACCAAAACUUGAAGUCUUGAUCAUGCAUUAUAAUAGUUUCACUGGUGUUAUCCCGCCUUCCCUUGGCAACAUCACUAGCCUUGUGGUGAUGCGACAACUAAGGGUAUUGAGCAUAUCUGGAAAUCCUUUCAAUGGCAUUCUUCCAGUUUACAUUGGCAAUCUCUCCACUUCUCUUUAUACUCUCCAUGCAAGCAAUUGUGCAAUUAAGGGGAACAUUCCUAAUGAGAUCAGCAAUUUAACCAAUUUGGCAUUCGUGGACCUUGAUCACAAUGACAUAGAUGGAUUGAUUCCGCCGACAAUCAAAGAGUUGUGGAAACUUCAAAUUUUGCAUCUUGAACAAAACAGAAUACCAGGAUCUAUCCCGAGUGGUGUUUGCCAUUUAAGGAACCUGGGUUUUCUAGAUUUGAGCAAAAAUGAGUUUUCUAACUCUAUGCCAACAUGCUUUGAAAAUAUUACUUCUGUAAGAUACCUCUAUCUGGAUUCUAAUAAAUUAACUUCCAGCAUACCCACAAGCCUUUGGAGACUCAAAGAUCUUUUGGAGUUGAACUUGUCUUCAAAUUCUUUAACCGGGUAUAUAUCACCAGAAAUUGGAAGGCUUAAGGUGGUGACAAAAAUAGAUCUCUCGAGGAAUCGAUUAUCAGGUAUUGUCCCUAGCACAAUUGUAGGCCUACAAGGUCUGUCGUUUCUAUCAUUAGCACAUAACAGAUUGCAGGGACCCCUACCUGAGUCACUUGCAAAAUUGGUAAGCCUAGAGUUUUUGGAUUUAUCUCAUAACAAUAUCUCUGGAACAAUUCCAAAGUCCUUAGAGGCGCUCUUGCUUCUAAAAUACCUCAAUGUAUCUCACAAUAAAUUAAGAGGAGAAAUUCCAAAUGGUGGACCUUUUGCAAACCUCACUUAUCAGUCUUUUUUGCCAAAUGAAGAUUUGUGUGGUCCACCGAGGUUGCUAGUGCCUCUCUGCAAGAGUAGUUCUCUUAAAAGAUCAAAGAAGAAAAGAAUACUUCUAGCUGCAUAUAUCUCACUGGCAGUUGGAUCUACUAUUUUGGCCUUGGCCUUGAUAUUCUUUUUGAUCAAACAAAAAAGGAGAAGUCAUGUUCCCCAUGAAAAUGAUUUGUUACCUGCAAUAACCCAUGGAAGAAUUUCAUACUACGAACUUCGACGUGCAACUCACGAGUUCAGUGAAAUCAACUUGCUUGGCAAGGGUGGAUUUGGUUCAGUUUACAAAGGAAUUUUGACAGAUGGGACACAUUUGGCUGUAAAAGUUUUCAAUCUACAACUGGAAGGUGCAUUCAAGUGCUUUGAUACAGAAUGUGAAGUAUUGCGCAACCUUCGCCACCGAAAUCUUACCAAAGUUAUCAGCAGUUGCUCUAAUCUUGAUUUCAAAGCAAUAGUCCUCGAGUAUAUGCCCAAUGGAAGCCUUGAGAAGUGGUUGUAUUCCCAUAACUAUUUCUUGGACAUCUGGCAAAGAUUAGAUAUAAUGAUAGAUGUCGCACAUGCAUUGGAUUAUCUCCACCAUGGCUACUCGAGUCCUGUGAUCCAUUGUGACUUAAAGCCCAGCAAUGUCAUGUUAGAUGAACAUAUGGUUGCACAUGUUAGUGAUUUUGGCAUUGCAAAAUUACUGGGUGAGGAGAGUACUGCACUAACCAAGACUCUGGCAACAUUAGGGUAUAUUGCACCAGAGUAUGGAUUGGAAGGAUUAGUCUCUACAAGGUGUGAUGUUUAUAGCUAUGGCAUUAUAUUGAUGGAGACCUUUACAAGGACAAAUCCCUGUGAUGAAAAGUUCACUGGAGAUUUGAGCCUCAAGAAUUGGGUGAAUGAUUGCCCACCAAAUGAGAUAAUCCAAGUUAUAGAUGCCAACUUAGUAAUGCUAGAAGACGAAUACUUGACUCUGAAGGUGCAAUGUGUAUCAUCCGUAUUGGAAUUGGCUUUGAAAUGCUCUACAGAAUCACCUGAAGAGAGGAUUAGCAUGAGGGAGGUUGUCGAAGCUCUCCAAAAGAUUAGACUUCAAUUGCUUGAAAAGUGUGAAAGGCCUUGA